ACUGUAGGUCAUCAUUCCAGAAUGUCAGCGAAAAUAACCGAGUUGAAGAGCGACGUCGAAGAGCUAAAUGAUUUGCUGAAGCUUGCAAAACGCAAAAAAGUACAAGAUGUAUUGUCGCUCGAGAUCCGGAAACUGGAAACUGAGUUGAUCAGCUUGAAAGAUAAAGAAGAGAGCCAGAAGGCCGCUGCGGCAGCUGCUGAAUCUGGUCCGACCACUUCUAACGCACUGGCUGGUUCACAAAAACGUUAUCAGAUUAAAUUAAAUGGAUAUGGUUGGGACCAGUCUGAAAAGUAUAUCAAAGUAUUUGUAACGUUGAAAAAUGUUCAGCAUGUCCCGAAAGAGCAGGUGUACUGCAAACUGACAGAGCACUCCAUGGAGCUGCACGUGGACAACCUGGAGAACAAGGACUAUGUGCUGGUGAUCAACAAGCUGCUGGAACCUAUUGUCGUGGAAGACAGCCAUUGGAAACAGAAAACAGACAUGGUGGUGAUCUUCCUUGCGAAGGCUCAACCAAACGUAAAAUGGUCACACAUGACCAGCCUCGAGAAGAAAGCUGAUGACCAACACAAGAACCGCUUCAAGACUGAUGAAAUGAUGGACAAGAAGGACCCACAGGAAUCCAUCAUGAGCUUGAUGAAAAACAUGUACGAAACUGGCGAUGAUGAAAUGAAGAGAAUGAUUUCAAAAGCUUGGUAUGAAGGACAACAGAAGAAAAAGACAGGUAUAGACUCAAUGGAACUGUAGAUCUCCAAGCAUUAUGAUCGUUUUAAAAUUUCUAUUUAAUUUUAAGGUUAAUUAAUAAAAUCAAUAAAUAAUCAUUUCUAGAUAA